UAAUUUCCAGCACCCAGAAUUCCUUUUUAUAAUUCUCUUCGAGAUUUCCCUUUCAAAAAUGAUCAGAUUCUACUAAUAGUGCAAGUUUCAGAGUUUUCGUUUCCCUCAAAGAAAAUGACAAGAGCGAUCGUUUCCUCAAGUUUAUUGGGCUUGUUUCCUGUGGUUUCAUCAGCUAAAAGUUGUGAUUUGGGUAAAGAAAGAAACAGAUUUUGUUGUUUCAAUGAGAGGAAGGAGCAAAGAAACGUUAUCUGUGCUUGUAUGGCUCCUACUAGAAACCUGGGGCGUGAUGGAUUCCCUGGAACUAAGUUAAAUGAAUCAUCUAAAUAUGGGAAUUUGAACAAGGAAGUGAAGCAUGAGAAUGAUUCUGAUGUUCUUAUUGAAUGUCGUGACGUAUACAAAUCGUUUGGAGAAAAACACAUCUUGCGAGGAGUGAGCUUCAAGAUUAGGCAUGGUGAAGCUGUUGGAAUAAUUGGUCCUUCUGGCACUGGGAAAUCUACGAUUCUUAAGAUUAUUGCUGGACUUCUUGCACCAGACAAGGGAGAGGUAUAUAUUCGAGAUAAAAAAAGGUCAGGUUUGAUUGGUGAUGAUGAGAUAUCUGGUCUUCGAAUUGGAUUGGUUUUUCAGAGUGCAGCACUUUUUGAUUCUUUGACUGUUCGCGAAAAUGUUGGUUUCCUUUUAUAUGAAAAUUCAAGCAUGUCCGACGAACAAAUUUCACAGCUUGUGACGGAGACAUUGGCUGCUGUUGGUUUAAAGGGAGUUGAAGAAAGGUUACCAUCCGAGUUGUCCGGAGGAAUGAAGAAAAGAGUUGCUUUAGCUCGUUCUAUAAUCUGUGAUAUAACCAAAGAAUCAAUUGAUCCAGAGGUACUUUUAUACGACGAACCAACAGCUGGCCUUGAUCCGAUUGCAUCAACAGUUGUUGAAGAUCUCAUCCGCUCUGUGCAUACGAAGGGCGAGGAGGCACCUGGGAAAGAAGGAAAGAUCGCAUCUUAUGUGGUUGUUACACAUCAACAUAGUACCAUCCGAAGAGCUGUCGACAGGUUAUUGUUUCUUCAUGAGGGGAAGGUUGUUUGGCACGGAAUGACCGACGAAUUUACGACAUCCACCAAUCCGAUUGUUCGACAGUUUGCAUCUGGUAGUCUGGAUGGUCCAAUCAGAUAUUAGAGGCACAUACAAGAUUUAAUAUCAGCUGCCAGUUGGGGAUUCUGAGCAAAAACCAAGUCAAAUGUCAAUUUUCCAUUUAGGCAGUGUGUUUGCCUUUGAUAGUUAAGUGCAGCGGGAUUAGUUGAUGUAGAUUUAACAUG